UAGCGGAUUCCCUAGAACUACAAAUCGCGCCGCGCCGCGCCACAACAAAUGGCCGGGCGGCACAUAUUUUGAUAUCGGGUUAAUACGUCGUUGUUCGUUCUAUUGAUCACAUGUAUUUGGUUACAAUUUUGUAUUUAUUAUAAAUUUGUGUAUUAUAAAUUUUCAAACCAGUGAACAAUGUUGCGUCAACAGAAAAAAAAAAUAUUGAUAAAUCUAUUAUUAGAAGAAAUAGAAGAAGAAGAAAUUAUAAUUGAAGAAGUUAUGACAAAAAGUGUGAACGAUUUGUAUUUGACCAGAAAAAAGGAGGGUUUUUUUAGUGUAUUGAUUGAGAAACAUUUGUUUAGAGAUGAAAAAAAAUUCAGGGAAUUUUUUAGACUGAGUUGGGAGCAGUUUAAUUUUGUUUUAAAUCUAAUCGAAGAUGAUUUAAAAUUAAAUCCGUAUAACAGAGUGAAAGAGCCUAUUUCACCGGCAGAGAAAUUCGCUGUGACGUUAAGGUUUAUGGCAACUGGUGAAUCUUUUCAUUCCCUUGCUUUUGCCUUUCGUAUUUCUCAAAGUUACAUUUCACGUAUUGUGAAGCUAGUUUUGAAAAGUUUAAGCAAUCGAUUAACACCUAUUUUAUUACCUACACCAACAAAAGAUGACAUGGUAGAAAUAUCAAAACAGUUUUGGAAAAAGUGGAAUUUUCCGAAUUGUGUGGGUGCCAUUGAUGGUAAGCAUAUUCGUAUAUUUUCACCAGAGAAAAGUGGAUCAUUAUAUUACAAUUACAAAGAUUUCUUCUCAAUCGUUUUGUUGGCAAUUGUUGAUGCGAACUGCAAGUUCAUUUUGGUUGACAUAGGAUCUUAUGGUAAAGAGAGCGAUAGUGGUAUAUUUAACAAAUGA